CGACAAUUGUAAAGCCACUUCAUUCCCAGACUUGAUAAAUGCCAAAACUUUGUGAUAUAUACUUAUUAUUAGGAAUUACGAGUCCGUCAUCGCUGUAGAAGAUAUGCCGUCUGGGAAAUAUUACUGUGAUUACUGCGAAAAGGAGUUUCAAGACACUCAAGUCGCUAGAAAACGCCAUCUUCAGAGUAAACCUCAUCUUCGAGCUAAAGCCCUUUGGUACAGCUCUUCCUCAGAUCUUAAUCCACAAGUCUCCAAUUUUGCGACGAAGGGUCUCUGCAAUAGCUUCAUUACCUCGAAUUUUUGCCCAUUCGGAAACUCUUGUAGAUACGUUCACCCUCGGAGCAAUACAGGAAGCACAGGAUUCACCAGUAAUACACAACCUCAUCCUGACAUGCUUAACCAACAUAUCCAAGGAAGUACUUUAAACCGUGAUUUUUUUAGCGGGAGACCAGGCACAGGUUGGUUUGAUCUUCCGCCAUCUCUGAAACCGCCUCCUGAGCAAGGCUAUCCUCAGCUUCCCUCCAUAGACUGGGGAUAGUGGGUGGCAGGGAUUCAACAUUGAUGAUUCUACAUAAAAGAAAAACUAAUUAUCUGCCCGUUAAGGCUCGGCCAUUGGCCAUAGCUUUGUCUCUUUUCGAACUCGGGGGUUGAAAGGAUAUCAACUUAUGCUUUAUAGGCACGGUUUGGACAUUGCAAUUAAACACAUUCAUUGCUUGAGUGUCUCUGCCUUAUAAACUGAGAACCACACUUUCUAUGUCUGAAAAUACUCUCACAGGACUUCAUUUCCUGAACCAAACUUUCAAAAUA